AAAUUGGCACGUGCAGUCACAGGACUUCCGGGUUCAUCUGGGGGGGAGUUGUUUCUGUUGUUUGUAGCUUUUCGUGAGGAUUUUGCUGAAUUCGUGGUGAUUAGACCUCCAAACCAUGCUUCUGGUGUUAGCAGACGAGCAUAAGGAGCAUCUAGGCUUCUUGAAUGAAGUUGAUGUAGAAGUUGUCCGUGAAUUCUGCAGAAUAGCCAUGGAGUUCAUCAGGUCCGGACCUAAUCCUAAACUCUACCAGUCAGCCGCACAAAAACUUUCAGUUGCAUCAGAAACAGUACAGCAUGGGGUGGAAGGACUGAUGUUCUUACUGACGGAGGCAGCAAGGUACAUGAUAUCUGAGAUAGAUUUCCAGGACUCCAUCAUGACCCUGGGGUUCAGUGAGGAUCUGCGCUCCCUGCUGUUACAGCUGUACCUGGACAACAGGACAGAGAUCAGGACCAUCCUGUCUGAGAUGAGCAUGGACCUUCCUCACUAUCACAACCUGGAGUGGAGGCUGGAGGUCACGGUUGCCAGCAGGACUCUGAGACAUCAAGUCACUCCUAGGCUUAUGAUGAAACUGCACACCCAAGACUCAGGUGAAAAGGAUGUCCAGGUGCUGCAGACGGACCCUGUAAACCUGCUGCACAUGACACGGGUGCUAGAGGGCGCUCUGGCAGAGAUGAAGUCCACACACUGUAGACGGAUCGUCAGGAACAUCAAAUAAGUCUCCAGCUCAAACUUUAAUCAGAAAGCGUCAUUAUUGAAACAAUAAAUUUUACAUAUUAAAGAAUGUGUCCUUUUUGAGGCUGGUGUCUCAAAGUUAAGCCCUCAAUAAAGUCAGUGACUGUUUAAUUCUUCA